AUGGCACCGUCAGGAGACCAUGGCUCAGCGCAGCAGGGCGCCUCCCAAAAGAGGAUCAUUCUGUACGCCUUCAUGAUGGGCUGCUCCGGUCAUCAAUCCCCCGGCGUCUGGACCCACCCCGCAGACAGGAGCCAGUACCACAACAAGCUGAGCUACUGGACCGACCACGCCAAGCUGCUGGAAAAGGGUCGCUUCGACGGCCUCUUCCUUGCCGACGUCUUGGGCGGCUACGACGUGUACAACAAGAACCUCGACGCCGCACUUGGCUCGGGCGCCCAGUUCCCCGUCAUCGACCCGCUGCUGCUCAUCUCUGCGAUGGCGGCGGCCACCAAGGACCUCUCGUUCGGCAUCACGGCCACGACGAGCUAUCAGCACCCCUACGAGCUUGCGCGACGCUUCAGCACGCUCGACCACCUGACCAACGGCCGCGUCGGCUGGAACGUCGUGACGGGCUACCUCGACAGCGCGGCUCGGCAGUUUGGCGGCCAGAAGCAGGAGCUGCACGCCAAGCGGUACGACGUGGCGCACGAGUACAUGGACGUCGUCUACAAGCUGUGGGAGUCGUCGUGGGCCGACGACGCCGUGCUGCACGACCGCGCCAAGGGCGUCUACACGCGCCCGGACCGGGUGCGCGCCGUCAACCACACGGGCAAGUACUACGAGAGCGUACCCGGCCCGCACAUCUGCGAGCCCAGCCCGCAGCGCACGCCCGUCAUCUACCAGGCGGGCAGCUCGGGGCCAGGCAUGGCGUUUGCGGGCAAGCACGCCGAGGUCAUCUUUAUCGCCGCCCACCGGCCCGACGUGGCCAAGAAGCGGGUCGAGGCGGCGCGGCAGAGCGCCAAAGAGGCCGGCAGGGACCCGCAGAGCCUCAAGGUGCUGGCGCUCCUCUGCCCCAUCAUCGGCAAGACGGACGAGGAUGCCCAGCGCAAGUACAAGGAGCACCUCGAGCACGGCUCCGAUGAGGGCGCCCUCGCCCUGUUUGGAGGCUGGACGGGCAUCGACCUGGCACCGUUCGGAGACGAUGAGGAGCUGCGCCUGACCGAGAGCAACGCCAUCAAGUCGGCCGUCGAGAACUUUGCCAGCCAGGACCCGUCGGUGCCCAAGUGGACCAAGAAGGCCGUCGCCGAAAAGAUCAAGCUGGGCGGGCUGGGCCCCACCAUCGUCGGCGGACCAGAGUCGAUUGCCGACCAGCUCGAGGACUGGAUCGAGACGUCGGGCGUCGACGGCUUCAACCUGGCCUAUACUCUGGCCCCGGGCACCUUCGAGGACCUGGUGAACCUCGUCGUACCCAUCCUCCAGCAGCGUGGUCGGGUGUGGAACGAUUACCCCGCCGUCCCGCAGCCGCCGCGCGAGACCUUCACCGACGGUCCGGCCACCGGCUACGGCCCCAACGAGGUCGUAGGCCUCACCAGCCGCGAGAAGCUCUACGGCGUCGGCAACAAGAAGCUGCGGUCAGACCACUACGGCUCCCGGUUCACCUGGCGAGCCGGUGCAGAGCCGCCUCAGUUGGAUUGA